AUGACGCUGUACGAGACAAUCAGUAGGUACAAGAACAACAGAAGAGUUCUCCUUCUCAUAGUUUACAUAGCUCUUUUCCUAGACAACAUGCUGUUGACCACAGUAGUUCCGAUAAUACCUGAAUACCUCCUACGUAUAUCGCAUCCUAAUCAGACGCAGCUGUUGUUAUACAACAAACCCACAGAAGAGGAUGAACAUAAGAUCGAAAAGAGACAGAUUUUGUGGGAUGACGAUGCUUGGGAUAUCCCAACGCUAGGUGAGGAAGCGGAUGAAGAACUUUUGGAACAGAAGACCGUUACUCCACCGCGGAAGCCAGAUAAAAAUCGUAAAACCUCUAAACAAAAAAUCAAAGAGCCUUCAAAGGAACUUUCGGCUGUCCAAAGGCCAAGAAUGCGUCCUACUCCACCGCAACUCACGGUUUCUUCGAGUCAACAGAAGGAGAGGCACGAAAUCCUAGCAAAAGAAAACGUUUUCGUCGGACUGAUGUUCGGCUCAAAGGCUCUUGCACAGCUCAUUGCGAAUCCGUGGAUAGGUCCUCUGACCAACAAAAUCGGCUACACCCUGCCGAUGUUCGCGGGAUUUGUUAUAAUGUUUCUGUCGACAGUCCUGUUUGCGUUCGGUUCCUCUUAUGGUACGCUGUGGUUCGCAAGGGUCAUGCAGGGGAUCGGUUCUGCAUGUACAAGCACUUCUGGUAUGGGAAUGCUUGCACAGGCGUACCCCGACGAUCUGGAAAGAGGAAGUGCCAUGGGUAUUGCGCUAGGUGGUAUAGCUUUAGGAGUUCUCAUUGGGCCCCCUUAUGGUGGUCUGUUGUACAAGUGGGCCGGAAAAGAGCUGCCUUUCAUCAUUCUUGCUCUAUUAGCUUUAUUUGACGGAACGUUACAAUUCCUGGUACUUCAGCCGAAAGUCGAUCGAGGCGAACCAGAAGGUUCAACGAUUAAACAGCUGAUAAAGGAUCCGUUCAUUAUUGUUGCUGCAGGUGCCAUAACAAUAGGAAACCUCGGAAUAGCAAUGUUGGAACCAUCUCUGCCGCUAUGGAUGAUGGAAACAUGGCAAGCGGGAUCAUUCGAAAGGGGAGCGGCUUUUCUACCAGCCUCUAUUUCCUAUCUGGUUGGAACGAACGUAUUUGGUCCACUUGCCCAUAAAAUCGGGAGAUGGCUGUCAGCGUUUAUUGGACUCAUAGUGAUAGGAUUCUGCCUGUUAGCUAUUCCAUCGGCUACAUCAAUCAAAGGGCUUAUUUUCCCUAAUUUUUUCAUGGGAUUCAGUAUCGGAAUGAUCGACGCGUCGAUGUUUCCUCUGAUGGGAUAUCUUGUGGACUUGCGUCAUGUGGGUGUCUACGGUUCCAUCUACGCCAUUGCCGAUGCCGCAUUCUGCUUCGCAUUUGCACUCGGUCCAUUCUUCUCAGGACCGCUAGUGGAAUCGGUUGGAUUCCCCACGAUGAUGUACCUGAUUGCAACGAUUAAUUUUGCGUACGCUCCUCUGAUGUUCCUUCUACGUAAUCCGCCACCGAUAAACAGGGAAGAGGUGCCACAAAACCAGCAAGGAGUUCUGUAUGGAGCAGAUGGGGAUGCAAAGGCUUUGAGACAGGAUGUCACACGCAUGGAAGGAUACCAAUACGAUUAUUAG